AAUAAUAAUAAUAAUAAUAAUAAUAAUAAUAAUAAUAAUAAUAAUAAUAAUAAUAAUAAUAAUAAUAAUAAUAAUAAUAAUAAUAAUAAUAAUAAUAAUAAUAAUAAUAAUAAUAAUAAUAAUAAUAAAAAUAAAAAUAAUAAUAAUAAUAAUAAUAAUAAUAAUAAUAAUAAUAAUAAUAAUAAUAAUAAUAAUAAUAAUAAUAAUAAUAAUAAUAAUAAUAAUAAUAAUAAUAAUAAUAAUAAUAAUAAUAAUAAUAAUAAUAAUAAUAAUAAUAAUAAUAAUAAUAAUAAUAAUAAUAAUAAUAAUAAUAAUAAUAAUAAUAAUAAUAAUAAUAAUAAUAAUAAUAAUAAUAAUAAUAAUAAUAAUAAUAAUAAUAAUAAUAAUAAUAAUAAUAAUAAUAAUAAUAAUAAUAAUAAUAAUAAUAAUAAUAAUAAUAAUAAUAAUAAUAAUAAUAAUAAUAAUAAUAAUAAUAAUAAUAAUAAUAAUAAUAAUAAUAAUAAUAAUAAUAAUAAUAAUAAUAAUAAUAAUAAUAAUAAUAAUAAUAAUAAUAACAAUAAUAAUAAUAAUAAUAAU